AUGGAGAAAUAUUUCAAAAGAAAGCUACCACUAGAAUCUGAAGUCACUCCAUUAGUCUCUUCUAAUAAAAAGAAGUUCUUAGAAUUCAAUGUGAAAAGUCUGGUAGCUGAUCCUGGACAACGACCCAAAAUUUCAAAUUAUGAUCCAAAUGUCAGAGAUGAAGUUAGACGAGCUUAUUUGCAAAAAGGUCCUUGUCAACCAAGAGAACAUGAUUUUCCACAAACAUAUUUUGGAACUUCUCUCCGUAGAUUUAAUGCUGAUUGGUUUUAUGAAUUUGGCAAUUGGUUGGAAUAUAGUAUUUCAAAAGAUGCUGUAUUUUGUCUCUGUUGCUAUCUUAUGAAACCUGAUGGUGCGAGUGGUGAUGCUUUUGUAAAAGAGGGCUUUUCAAAUUGGAAAAAGAAGGAGCGAUUACAAACACAUAUUGGAAAUCAUGAUAGUGCUCAUAAUCAAGCUCGAAGAAAAUGCGAAGCACUCAUAAAGCAAAAACAACAUUUAACAGCAACAAUUGAGUGCAUUAGAUUUUUAUUGCGACAAGGAUUGGCCUUUCGUGGUGAUGAUGAAUCGCACAAUUCAAAUAAUCAAGGUAAUUUUUUGGAGCUUCUUGACUUUCUUGCUCAACAUAAUACAGAGAUUGAUCGUGUUUUCAAAAAUGCUCGUGGAAACCUUAAGCUAGUAGCACCUAAAAUUCAAAAAGAUAUUGUUAGAGCUGCUGCAAGUGAAACUACUAAAGUUAUUAUUGAUGAUCUUGGAGAUGAUUUAUUUGCUGUUUUAGUUGAUGAAGCUCGAGACAUUUCUGUUAAAGAGCAAAUGGCUGUUUGUUUGCGGUAUGUGAACAAAGAAGGGAUUGUAAUGGAGCGAUUUCUUGGCCUUGUCCAUGUUUCUAGCACAAAUGCGUUGUCGUUAAAAGUAGCUUUGGAAUCUUUAUUAACAAAGCAUAAUUUAAGUUUAACAAGAAUACGUGGACAAGGUUACGAUGGAGCUACUAAUAUGCAGGGAGAAUUUAAUGGCUUAAAAAGUUUGAUCUUGAAAGAAAAUGCUUGUGCUUUUUAUGUUCAUUGUUUUGCUCACCAACUUCAAUUAGCACUUGUGGUUGUUGCAAAGAAACAGGUCGAAAUUGCACUACUUUUUAAUUUGCUUGCUAGUUUGUGCAAUAUUGUUGGAGCUUCUUGUAAACGUAAAGACAUGCUUCGUGAAAGUCAAAUGCAAAAGACAAUUGUUGCAUUACAAAAUGGAGAUGUUUCUAGUGGGCGUGGCUUAAAUCAAGAAACAACAUUGAAAAGGGCAGGUGAUACUCGAUGGGGCUCACAUUAUGGUACAAUACUUAGCUUGAUUUCUAUUUUUUCUUCCGUGGUAGAAGUUCUUGAAGUUAUUGAGGAAGAUGGAAAUAAUCCUGAACAAAGAGCUGAAGCAUGCCAAUUAUUGAAUCAUAUUCAAUCUUUUGAAUUUGUAUUCAAUUUACAUUUGAUGAAAAGUAUAUUAGGAGUUACUAAUGAGUUGUCUCAAGCUCUACAAAGAAGUGACCAAGACAUUAUAAAUGCUAUGACAUUGGUUAAAGUGUCCAAGCAACGAUUGCAAAGUAUAACAGACGAUGGUUGGUCCUCUUUGCUCAACAAAGUUUUACUAUUUUGUGAUAAUCACAAUAUUCUUGCUCCAAAUAUGAAUGAUAUAUUUGUAACACAAGGAAGAUCAAGGCGCAAAAUCCAAAAGGUCUCAAACUUGCAUCAUUUUCAAGUUGAAUUAUUUUAUCAAGUGAUUGAUAGACAACUUCAAGAGCUUAACAAUCAUUUUACAGAGGUAAAUACUGAGUUACUUCUUUGUAUAGCUUGUUUGAAUCCAAUUGACUCAUUUUUUGCAUUUGAUAAGGAGAAGUUGCUUCGUUUAGCUGAAUUUUAUCCACAUGAAUUCUCUUCUACUCAACUUUUGGCACUUGAUAGUCAACUUGAGAAUUUUAUAUUGGAUAUGCGUCUUGAUGAUCAAUUCUCAAAUAUAAAUGAAAUCAGUGGACUAUCUCAAAAGUUAGUUGAGACAAAAAAGCAUAUUGUUUAUCCAUUGGUAUUUCUUCUGUUGAAAUUAGCUUUGAUUCUACCUGUGGCAACAGCAUCAGUCGAGAGAACAUUUUCUGCUAUGAAUAUCAUAAAGAGUCGACUUCGUAAUCGAAUGGGAGAUGAGUGGUUGAAUGAUUGUUUGGUUACAUAUAUAGAAAGAGAGAUAUUCAAUCAAGUUGAUAAUGAAACAAUUAUUCAACAUUUUCAAAAUAUGAAAACAAGAAGAGAAGUACCUUCAAGAUUUAAAGCGAAGAAAGUUAGCAGCUAA